AUGGCGUACCUGAACGACACGAGCGCAACAGGCAUGUUUGAGCCCCUCAUUGCGAUAUGCGUCGAGCUGCAGUUGCUCAUCGAGAAGGCCACGCCUGCUGCCAGCGCGUCGGAUGACUCGUCGGGCGAGAUGAGCCUGCCAGACGGCCCAUUGCUGCGUGACGAGCGCAGCAGGCGGCGCGUGAUUCGCAACGUCACAAACGCGUACGUGGAGCGUGCCGAUGAGCUCGGCAUUCCCCCGGCCCUCGUGCCAGCAGAGGUCGGAGCAUCUAACCAGGAGGUGAUUUCCCGCCUCGGCAGGACGCCAGUCAAGCGUGCGCGCGCGGGGCUGCGCACGGAGGACGUGGCAGACCCAGCGGUGCGCGAGAGUGAGGACGACGAGUGA